CCGGGCAUUAGAUCUACGCUCUGCUUUGCCACCUGAAGUCAAGUCUUCAUCCGGGACACAAUACACAAACCCAUCUGCUGGCAUACCAGUGGCAAAGCCCACCAAGUCAGAUCAUGUAAAACCAUCAGUGGUCCAGAACACAAUUACACCUGUGGUUGUUGCAUUGGGAGAAAAGCUCACAAAUACCCCUAAAUCUUCAUCAGUUGGAUUCCAAACGAUCGCCUUGAUGACCAAACACAAAUCAGAAGUGCAAAUGAAUAGCACGUCUGGUGUGAAAUGUGAUUCAGCUGAACAGCAUGCACGUCCUCCUGCCGGAAAAGGUACAUCGCAAUCCCAACCUGGUAACUUUCCUAUCCUAAAAUGCACACCAGCGGACCAGAAAACAAGCUUUGCCCUCGGAAAGAAUACUUUAGGAGAACCUCUGUCUACUUACUCUACUAAUGGAAAAGUCUCAUCCGUGCCGCAGUCUAGAAUAAUUCCCAAUUUAGAAUGUAUGGUAAAGACUUUUCUUAAAGAAGAAUCUCAAAGCGUAGAAGUGAAGCAGCUGGUGUCAAAGAUGAAAGAAGUUGUGAAUUCAACAAGCAAGACUAUCUCACUAAAAACACCGGAAAGGAGGGAUGGUCAUCAUAACGGUAAGGAGCCCCCUGGAGCCAGCACUUCUCAAACAUUUCAGAGGCCUGAGGAUGUAGAAGCGGAGGCGACAUCGCUCAUUAUGGAACCUGGUAGCAGACAGGAUAGUAGAAAAUACAAAGACUCUUCCACACAGACCAGUGUAGCGGAAGCCUGUGCUGACGAGUCAUCUCUGGACUUCAGUACCAAUAACGUUAACCUCCUUGUUCAGUACAAGACAAUGAAAUCACAGAUUUUCAACCUAGGAGCCAGCGGAAUAGAAAAUGGUGCGUAUGAAAAAUUCUGGAACGUGUGCCGAAAAAACAACUGCCUAAAAUUCUUGCUAGCAAAUAUAAGUUGCUCAAUGAAAAUUAUUGUCAAAAAGAUUGAGAGUGGACAGGCUAAGGAACAAGAUUAUGAACAGGCAUUUGCAUUCCUUCUGGGCAGCAGAUGUCUGGAGGAUGUCGUGUCAAAAGAAACUCAAGAAAUCCAGGCAAGAAUUGAAUCUAUUGACAAAGAGAAAGAAGAACUGUCCUCAAAAAUCAUGUUCCUGAAGAAUUUACUUUCUUGACCUGAAAAAUCUGCAUUUAUUCUGAACAGAUAAAUUACAGAAUUGCUUUCAGUAAAUCUUUAUUAAUUUACAAAACCAAUAUAUAUUUUAAAAAUAGAAAUACAUGUAUGCCUUCUUACUUCAUAUGCUUCUUUGGCAGACAUUUUAAGGAAUUAAAACAUUUAAAUUUUUGCAAAGAAAUGUAAAGAA